UCAAGUGAUCUCAGCCUCCGGAGUAGCUGGGAUUACAGGCGCCCAGCCGACACGUCCGGCUGAUUUUUGUAUUUUUGGUAGAGGCGGGGUUUCACCAUGAUGGCCAGGCUAGUCUUGAACUCCUGACCUCAGGUCAUCUGCCCGCUUCGGCCUCCCAAAGUGCUGGGAUUACAGACGUGAGCCACCGCUCCGGGCCUGUCCCUGUCCUUAUUUGUGGUCCCUGUUCUUCCAGGGUCCUGAGCUCGGCCCCCCCCCCGACUGCGGGUAUCCCCGGGGAGGGCGCAGCUAGCCCUGGCAGGGCCCGGACACCUGGGGCCCGACCCACCCCUGCGCACCCCGCGGUGUCGCCUUCCCGGGCGGCUCGGGUUCCCGGAUCCCCUUACCCGGGCGUCUCGGCUGUCGCGCCCUGGGCCGGGGGAGGGGAGGCUGCAGGAAGCUGCGGAUCCGGCGGUGGCGGCGAGGGCCCGGGUGGGUGGCCGAACUUCUCCCGCCAUGGAGGGAGCAGAGGCCCGGGAGGCCCGGGGGGCCGAGACCCCGCGCGCGUCUGCGCCCCCGCCCGCUCCCUCGGAGCCCCCGGCCGCGCCCCGCGCCCGCCCGCGCCUCGUCUUCCGCACGCAGCUGGCGCACGGGAGCCCCACCGGCAAGAUCGAGGGCUUCACCAACGUCCGCGAGCUGUACGCCAAGAUCGCUGAAGCCUUCGGGAUCGCGCCCACCGAGAUUUUAUUCUGCACCCUCAACAGCCACAAAGUGGACAUGCAGAAGCUCCUCGGGGGCCAGAUAGGCCUGGAGGACUUCAUCUUUGCCCAUGUGCGAGGCGAGACCAAGGAGGUGGAGGUCACUAAGACAGAGGACGCUCUGGGGCUGACCAUCACGGACAACGGGGCUGGCUACGCCUUCAUCAAGAGAAUCAAGGAAGGCAGUAUCAUCAACCGGAUCGAGGCAGUGUGCGUGGGUGACAGCAUCGAAGCCAUCAACGACCACUCCAUUGUGGGCUGUCGCCACUACGAGGUGGCCAAGAUGCUGCGGGAGCUGCCCAAGUCCCAGCCCUUCACCCUGCGCCUGGUGCAGCCCAAGAGGGCCUUCGAUAUGAUUGGCCAGAGAAGUCGGUCCAGCAAAUGUCCCGUAGAGGUGAAAGUGACCAGUGGGAGGGAGACCCUGCGGCUUCGUUCUGGGGGGGCUGCCACAGUGGAGGAAGCGCCCAGUGAGUUUGAGGAGGAGGCAUCCCGGAAGGUUGAUGACCUGCUGGAAAGCUACAUGGGCAUUCGGGACCCCGAGCUGGGUAAGGGGCCAGGCGUCCACCAUGGUGGAGACGUCCAAGAAGACAGCCAGCGCCCAGGAGUUUGCACGCUGUUUAGACUCCGUCUUGGGCGAGUUCGCCUUCCCCGACGAGUUUGUGGUGGAAGUGUGGGCCGCCAUCGGCGAGGCCAGAGAGGCCUGUGGCUAGUCUGCCCUGGGGGGGCCCAGCACAGCCCCAGCCCGGAGCCCAGCCCCCUGCCCCGGCCCUGCUCCAGAACCCAGCCCAGAUCGGAGGACAAGUUCCUCUCUAGAACCCAAUCCAAUCUGGAGCCCCAGCCCAACUCCAGAAGCCAGCCCUUCUCUAGAAUCCAGCCCAGAUCUGAGGCCAAGCUCUGUGCUAGAGCCCAGGCCAGCUCUGAGACCGAGCCCAGCAUUGAGAAUAAGCCCUGUUCUAAAACUCAGGCCAGCCCUGAGACCAAGCCCAGCUCUAGAACUCAGAUGGGCUCUGAGACCAUGCCCAGCAUUGAGACCAUGCCCUGUUCUAAAACUCAGGCCAGCUCCGAGGCCAAGCCCAGCUCUAGAACUCAGAUGAGCUUUGAGACCAUGCCCAGCAUUGAGACCAUGCCCUGUUCUAAAACUCAGGCCAGCUCCGAGGCCAAGCCCAGCUCUAGAACCCAGAUGGGCUCUGAGACCAUGCCCAGCAUUGAGACCAUGCCCUGUUCUAAAACUCAGGCCAGCUCUGAGGCCAAGCCCAGCUCUGGAACCCAGAUGGGCUCUGAGAUGGAGGCCAGCAUUGAGACCAAGCCCUGUUCUAGAACUCAGGCCAGCUCUGAGGCCAAGCCCAGCUCUAGAACCCAGAUGAGAUCUGAGACCAAGCCCUGCUCUGAAGCCCAGGCCAGCUCUGAGAUGAAGCUCAUCUCUAGAAUCCAGCUGAGCCCUGACAACAAGCCAAACUCUGGAACCCAGACACAUUUUAAGACCCAGACCAGCUUGGAGACCAAUCCCAGUUCCAGAAUCCAGGCUAGCUUGGAGACCAAGCCCUGCUGGAAAACUCAAGCUGACUCUGGAACUCUGGACAGCUCCACGAUGCAGCCACACCUGGACACUCGGUCUAGCUCUGGAACCCCAGUUAAUUUUGGAACCCAUGUGAGAUUCAUGAAGCAGCCCAGCUCUGGAACCCCAGCCAGCUCAGGAUUCAGAGACAGCUCCCAAACCAAAUCUUAUUCAAGAACUCAGACCAGCUCAGAAAACCAGGUCCACACAGCUGCCCCCUCCAGAUCCCAACCCCAGUUGCAUCCAAGUGCCCAUCCCCAUCCUGCAGCCGAGUCCAGCUCCAGUGAUGAUUCCAGCUCUGAGACUGAGCCCAGCUCUAGAACCUCGCCCAGUGCUACAACCAGGCCCAACUCCAGGAUUCAGACCAGCUCUGGAACCCCAUCCAUCUUGGAAGCGAGACCCAGCUCCAGCACACAGCUUGGUGCCAAGCCCCACUCUCCCUGCAGAAUGCAGGUCAGCUCUAGAAUGCAGUUUACUUCCAAGACCCAGACCAAUUUCAAGGCCUGGCCAAGCUCCAGAGCUCAAUCCAGCCCAGGCACCACACCCAGCUCUAGAACUCAGCUCAGUUCUGGAGCACAAGCUGGUUCUGAAAUCCCAGCCAGCUCCAAAACACAGACAGUGGCUGAGACUCAGUCAAGUUCCAGAAUCCAGCUAAGCUCUGGAGUCCAAUCUAGUCCUGGGACCCGGGCCAUGGCAGCAAUGGAGUUAAGCUCCACAGCCCUCUCUAGUUCUGACAGCAGGCCCAGCUCCAGGACCCAGCGCUGCCCAGGAGCGCGACCAGCCUUUGGGACUCAAUUCGCCUCUAAAACCCUGCCAGGUUCUAGAUACCAGCUCCAGACCACAGCCCCAGACAACUCUGGUAUUCGACUGGACUUUGGGAAGCAGACCAGCUCUGGAAGUCAGCCUAGCUUUGGAACUCAGCCCAGCUCUGGGACCCAGAUAAGCUCAAGAAUUCAAGCCAGCUCUGGAAGUCAGCUUAGUUCUGGAACCCAGCUGAUUUCCAGAGACCAACCCAGCUCCAGAACGCAGACUAGUUCUGGAAACCAGCUCAGCUCUGGGACCCAGGCCAGUGCAAGAAUUCAGCUCAGCCCCGGAGCUCCUCUUAGCUCCAGAACCCAGUCCAGUCCUGAGACCAGGCUCAGCUCCGUGGCCCAGUCCAGCUCUGGAACCCAGACCAGCUCAAGAAUUCAGCCCGACUCUGAAACCCAGACCAGCUCAAGAAUUCAGCCCGAGUCUGGAGCCCACCUCAGCUCCAGAACCCAGUCCAGCUCUGAGACUGGGCUCAGCUCUGAAACCCAGACUGGCUCAAGAAUUCAGCCCAGCCCUGGAGCCCACCUUAAUUCUGGAACCCAGCCUGUUUCUGGAACCCAAUCCAGUUCCAGAACUCACACCAGUUCAAGAACCUGGCUGAGCCCUAGAAAUGGACUCUGCCCACAGACCCCUGGCCUUGACCCUAGAAUCCAGCUUGAGGCCCCUGCCCCAGCCCGACCUCAGCCCGCAGGCCCACCCCCCAGAGACCCCACCCCAGCCCCUAGCAAAGACCCCCAGCCUCUGCCUCAGCCCCAUGAUCAGGUACGCGGCAUCCAGGCCAGCCUUGGCCCCAUCCCAGGCUUACCCCAGGCCUCCUACCUGGCCCCCCAGCCACAGGUCUCCUCAACCCCCGAGAAGCCAGCCGUCUCUCCCAAACCCUGGGUGGGACCCCAGAAUUCCACCCCACCCACCAUAUCUGUCACUCUUAGUCCUCCCCCCAGGGCAGCCCUCCUGAGUUCCCAUCUGUCUGAGUCCCCAGCUUUGGCGCCAGCCCUUUCCCCCACUCUGGGGGAGCCAGGGCCCCGCCCUUACCGCGGGGGGCCGUAGCUUGGCUGUGACUUAGCCCUGGUUCAUGUGGUUCCCGUCCUCUCCUGUCCCUCCCAGCCUGGGUCCCCCAGAAGCAGCAAGUGACCUUAUUUCCCCAGCAGGCGGUGGUGGGGGGGUGUGCGGUGGUGAAACCAGGGGCUUCGCUGGCCCUGGCUCAGAUCCAGGUCCUUGGAGGGAGGAGAGCAGGAGACGGGUUGCACCGCAUGUACCCUGAGGGCUCAUGGUGAAUAAAGGCACCUUCCAUCUCUGCAGCCUGGUGUGUCAUUUUGGGGGAAGUUUGGGGAAACGCGGAGAUGUGGAGCUGGGGGGCUGGCUGAAACUACAGCAACACUGACUACCUCUUGAGCACCUACUGUGUACCAAGCACUUCAUUAAGCACCACACGGGCAUGAGCUCACGUGCCCGCAUGUGACAGGUGCUCCACGAAGACCCAGCCGUUGGUCCUGUCUAUCAAUAUUUAUUGAGCACCUACUAUGUGCAAGGUGCUGUACAGAACACUGUGGUGUUUGAAAGGUUGUUGGGUGAACAAGUGAACCGUGGAGGAAACAGGGGCAUCAGUCCACGCUUUUGCAUCUCUCUCUCUCUCUUUCUCUGUUUUAUUUAUUUAUUUAUUUAGAGAUGGAGUCUCACUCUGUCGCCCAGGCUGGAGUGCAGUGGCAUGAUCUCGGCUCACUGCAACCUUUGCCUCCCAGGUUCAACCAAUUCUCCUGCCUCAGCCUUCUGAGUAGCUGGGAUUACAGGCGCCCGCCACCACGCCUGGCUA